CGCCCUGCCAUCGCCCCGGCGGGCUGCGGCAGCGGGGUCGUGCUGGCCUGGGAACCCCGGGAAGGGCUCGUCCCCCGUGUGGGGCAGGAGGCACCAUCCUGUCCCUGCCGGUCAUCUGAUCGCCCCCAGCCCCAUGGAUAUAAACGCACGGCCCCGCCGCUGCCCCACGGAGAGCCCCACACUGCUCUCAGCACCGCCAUGGGCUGGAGCCUCUCCUUGCUGCUGCCGCUGCUGCUGCUGCCCGUGGGGCCGCGCUCUGCCCUGGCGCUCCUGCAGUACCGCUACGACUGCGGGGACUACGGCAUGCAGCUGCUGGCCUACGCCUCGCGGGGCCGCGCCGUGCGCUUCAAGGUCGUGGAUGAGUUUGGCACCCGCUUUGAAGUGGCCAACUGCUCCAUCUGCCUGCACUGGCUCAACACCGGGGCGGACGGCGCGUUCGUCUUCUCCUCUGGCUACGAGGGCUGCCACGUGCUGGUCAAGGAUGACCGCUAUAUUCUGAGGGUGCAGCUGGAGGAAACGCUGCUCAGCGGGGUGGCGGUCGCCUCCUACGAGGUGAACAUGACCUGCCCGCAGCCGGCCGACUACGAGACCGUCGCUGCCACGAGCCUGCGUGGCCAGCUCGAGCCCAUUCGGGGCAACGGCGUCCACCAGAGCCAGGCUGAGGUCCUCGUCCCCCAGGCUGGCCUCCUGCAGCACGUAUCCCAGUCCGCCCUGGCUGUCCCCGUCCCCCAGCUGCCUCCCCGGCCCCCCAGGGACCAGGUUCACCCCGUGGCGCAGACACAGCCAGCUCUGGGGCUGCAGCACCAGCCCAGCCUGGGGCUCCCGGGGCUCCAGCCCCAGAGCCAGGCAGGAGCAGCUCGCCCCCUCAGCCAGCCCCAGCCAGGCUUCAUUCGCCCGGCUCUGCAGCCCCAGAACCAGCACGGGGCGGUGCACCCCGGGGGGCAGAGCCGCCCAGGCCUCCUUCGCCCGGGGCUCCAGCUCCAGAACCAGCCUGGGCUGCUGCACCCGGGGGCACAAACCCAGACGGGUCUCCUUCGUCCAGGGCUUCAGUCCCAAAACCAGAACGGAUUGGUGCACCCUGGGGGGCAAACCCAGAUGGGAGUCCUUCGCCCAGGGCUUCAGUCUCCAAACCAGAACGGAUUGGUGCACCCUGGGGGGCAAACUCAAACCGGUGUCCUUCGCCCAGGGCUUCAGCCCCAAAAUCAGAAUGGAUUGGUAAACCCUGGGGGGCAAACCCAAACUGGUCUCCUUCGACCAGGUCUUCAGACCCAAAGCCAGAACGGAUUGGUGCACCCUGGGGGGCAAACCCAAACCAGUGUCCUUCGCCCUGGGCUUCAGCCCCCAAACCAGCCUGGGCUGCUGCAUCCAGGGGUGCAAACCCAAACCGGUGUCCUUCGCCCAGGGCUUCAGUCCCCAAACCAGAACGGACUGGUGCACCCCGGGGGGCAAACCCAAACUGGUGUCCUUCGCCCGGGGCUACAGCUCCAGCACCAGCCCGGGCUGGUGCCCCCCGGCCUGCAGCCUGGCUCGGUGCACGCUGGAGCUCAGACGCAAGCCGGCUUUUCACGCCCGGGGCUUCAUCCCCAAAGCCAGGCGGGCUCCAUUCUCCCCAGCCUCCAGUCCCAUGCCCACGCUGGCCUCCUCCACCCCGGCCUCCAGAGCCAGGCAGGGCUGCUGCAGCACGGCCAGCCCCGACCGGGGCUCCUGCGCCCGGCGCUUGCGCCUCGGCCGGGGCUGGUGCGCCCGGGGCUGCAGCCCCAAGCCCAGCCGGGGCUGCUCCACCCUGGCCUUCACCCCCAGCCCGGUCUGCUGCGCCCCACGGCUCUCUUCUACCCCUCGGCAGGGGCAGGCACGCAGCUGACGCGGGAGCAGUGCCAGGUGGCAGCGGGGCGUUUGUCCUGCAUGGCCCCGCAGGGCCGCGAUGCCUGCCUGCAGGCAGGGUGCUGCUACGAUGACACGGACCGUGCAACGCCCUGCUAUUACGGCAACACAGCCACCGUGCAGUGCCUGCCCGAGGGGCACUUUGUGCUGGUGGUGCCGCGGGGCCUCUCCGUGCAGCCCUACAACCUGGACAGCGUGCGCCUGGCCAGCAGCACCCAGCCCGGCUGCCAGCCCGCCCAGACCACCGAGACCUUCGUCAUGUUCCACUUCCCCGUCACGCAGUGCGGCACCACCGUGCAGGUGAUCGAGGACCGGCUGAUCUACGAGAACCAGCUCAUCUCCACCAUCGACGUGCAGCCGGGUCCCCGCGGCUCCAUCACGCGGGACAGCGUCUACAUCCUCCAUGCCCGCUGCAUCUACAACGCCAGCGAGCUGCUGCCGCUGCGCCUGGAGGUGGCCGUGCCCCCCACUGCCGCCCCCAUGGCGCAGCCAGGCCCGCUGCGCCUGCAGCUGCGCAUCGCCACCGAUGAGAGCUACAGUGCCUACCACGCGGAGGGCGAGUACCCCCUGGUGAAGGUGCUGCGGGACCCCAUCUACGUGGAGGUGCGGCUGCUGCAGAAGACCGACCCCAACCUGGUGCUGGUGCUGCACCAGUGCUGGGCGGCCCCCAGCACCGGCCCGGCGGCCGAGCCCCAGUGGCCCCUCCUGGUGGACGGGUGUCCCUUCGCUGGGGACAACUACAGGACGCAGCUGGUGCCCGUGGGCCCCGCCUCGCCGCAGCUGCCCUUCCCCAGCCACUACCAGCGCUUCGUCGUCUCCACCUUCGCCUUCGUGGACACCCCCUCCAUGGCGGUGCUGGAGGGAGAGGUGUACAUCCUGUGCAGCGCCUCCGUGUGCCACCUGGCGCAGCCCGAGCCCUGCCGGCCCUCCUGCCAGCUGGCCGUGCCCUCCCGAGCCCGCCGGGCAGCAGGGGACAAGGGGACAGCGAACGCCGUGGGCACGGUCACCUCCCAGGGCCGAGUCGUCUUCCCCAAGAGGCCUGCGGCGGGGAGAGGCUGAGCCCUGCGCUGCCGCUUCCCUGGGGCACGGGCUGCCCUUUUCCUCCUCCUCAACCCCAAACAAUAAACCAAAGAAGAGCAGA